UUCUUCUUAUAUUCAAUUCCCCGCUGGUUCCUGAAAAGAAAAAAGGAAAGAAAGAAAGAAAGAAAAAUAAGCCUGAUUGAUUCACUUAGCCGCACUUCUAAUUCCCCCCAGGGGCUCUUGGGUUCAUCAUGUCGAGACGCAGUAGCAGAGACUACGAAGGAGAUUCCUUCGACGAUGCCCUGGAAGCUCCAACAUCUCAAAACAGUCUCACCGUUUCGAUUCCUCAGAGUUCCUCAACCCGUUCCUUAACAGACAGUCCCCCGAGCGCUACCACCCCUCAGUUAACCGAUGCGCCCUCUCUACAUCCUACGGCACAGGACGACGAUAUGACAAAUGGGGAGACACAGGAUUCUCAUCCGGAUCCUCGGUCGGAAGGGGAGGAAACACCUCGCAAACAGAAAUUACAGAAAUCCCCACUGUUGACGGCUCACCGAUUGUCUACCACUUCCCUCGACGAAGUGAAUCUAGCCAGCAGCAACAAAGACGAUGACUCCAUAGAGAACCAUGACCUAAGUCCGGGCCAUAACCCGGGCUCUCCUCCAUUGCCUUCGAGGGACUCCAUAUCGGCUCAGACCCCACGCCUAUCGGACCCUGCUCUGCCAGUAAUCAAGAACACCGCCCCUGCUGCACCGCCACCUCCACCAACUCGAAAACUGACAAGUCCUUUUGCAUGGCUGACUCGAAGUUCGACGGGAAGCAAGGAGACCAAAUCACCCCCUCAGAAUAGCCGCCGAAGCACAGCCGCUUCGGUAUCCACAAUUUCCAGUAAUCCUGAAUUGGCCGGCCGGACACAGGAUGGAGAGGAUCCAGAUGGCUCGAGCACGGGAUCGCGAAAGCCAGCUCGCAACAGCCUAAAGGAUCAGUUUAAAAUGCUCAGGAUGCGGGAUGAAGGACAGGUUUCGGAAAAUGACGAAGCAAGUAUCACGUCGGGACGUGGAAGCUUCAGUCACUCCGCUGGAAGUCCGCCGCCUAGCAUCCCAGAAGAAGGUGAGAACGAUUCCGCAGUGUCGCCAGCGGCCUCGCCACCCAACCUACCAUCGACAGUCAACCCGAAUCUUGCCCCAGGAACAGUCUCGGGUUUCUCGGCCUCUGCAACUGACGCGGCGACCCCCGUCGAUUGGGAAUUAUGGCAGCAGCUGGUCAAUCGUGGUCCCCAGGCGCUGAAGGGCACGAAUUCCGAGGAGCUGAACGCCGCCAUCAAACGGGGGAUCCCGCAGACCAUUCGAGGGGUCAUCUGGCAAGUCCUGGCUGACAGCAGAAACCCCGAACUCGAAGAGGUCUACAGGGAGCUGGUUGCGCGUGGCACUGAUAAGGAAAGGUCGCGUGCUUCCAAUGGCACGGUGAAUGGGAAUGGAGAAAAGGAGUCCGCAUCGUCAUCUCGGUCGUCCAUGCGUUCCGAGCGUUCUGCUUCGGUGGCACACUCCAUUAACGGGUUCCCCAGUCCAGCCCAUGAAUUGGACCCUGAAAAACUCGCAAAAGAACAGGUUGCGAGCGAGGCUGCCCGGAAGAAGAAGGAGAAGGAGGACGGUGUGGCACUACAAAAGCUGGAGAAGACUAUUCGGCGGGAUUUGGGUGCUCGUACAAGUUACUCCCGUUAUUUUGUGUCGCAAGGAAACCAGGAAGGUCUGUUUGGUUUGUGUAAAGCGUACGCUCUAUACGACGAGGCUGUGGGGUAUGCACAGGGCAUGAACUUCAUUGUCAUGCCACUCCUAUUUAACAUGGAUGAAGUAGAAGCAUUUACGAUGCUCGUCAAGUUGAUGAAUCAAUAUGGCUUGCGGGAGAUGUUCAUCCAUGACAUGCCUGGUCUACACCGCAGCCUUUUCCUUUUCGAACGCCUACUUGAGGACAUGGAACCUGCAUUAUACUGCCACCUUCGCCGGCGAGGGGUGCACCCGCAAUUGUAUGCCACACAGUGGUUCCUGACUCUUUUCGCAUACCGCUUCCCCUUGCAACUGGUCCUCCGGAUUUACGAUCUCAUCCUUGAGGAGGGGCUUGAAAGUACAAUCCUUAAAUUUUCGAUUGCUAUCAUGCGUCGAAACUCCGAAACGCUUCUGGGUAUGAAGGACAUGACUCCGCUGACCACUUUCCUCAAGGAGCGCUUGUUCGAUGUCUACAUUGACAAACAGCCCUCCGCAUCGUCAAUACUCGAGUCUGGGUUCUUCGGCAGCUCGGGAGCUGCUGAUAAGGAGAUAUAUCGCGCGGACAUCUUGGUCCAGGAUGCCUGUGCCGUUCCUCUCCAGCCCGAGACUAUCCGUGCGUACACGGCGGAGUGGGAGGAAAAAGUGCGGAGCGAACGAGAACGCGAACAGGAGCUAGAGAGUCUCAAGCACACGGUAGCAACGCAGAGUGUUCGGAUCCGGUUGCUGGAAGAACAAGCCGAAGCGUCAGACAAAGAGCACGUUCAACUUGCUUCUGAACUUGUCCAUCUCAAAGUAGAGAAUGAGGAGCUCACGGACCUGAACGACGCCUUGAAUAUGCAGGUCAGAGAACUGAAGAUCGUAGUGGACAAACAGCCCGCAGAAGUUGAAGAGAAGCUCCAAACCGAGAUGGAUCGCAUUAUGCAGCGCAAUAUGGAAGUUCAGAAUGAAAACCGGUCAAUGGUGGAGCAAAUGGCAGAGAUGGAGAAAGAGCUCGUGGAGGCGAAGAUGAAGUGGGCAGAGAUCCAUGAAAACCACGAGAAUUUAAAGCAGAAAUGGAGCGAUCUCCGCAAAGCUCUUGACUAGCUCCACCCCCGUGCGACCCUUUUGUACAUUUCACUUGUCUACAUGCCAACAGUUCCCUCGCCUGGCUGCUUUUAACGAUUUUAAUCUUCCCUUUCCGGCCUCCGACUUGCGUGUACAUUUCUUGACGGAGCUUUCGAGUAUUCGUCCAGUACGGUUGUAUCAUCAUCUUUCCCUUCAGCGCAGCGCGAGUUCUCGGUGGCGUGUCGAGUUCUAGCUAUGAGCAGGCGUCUUAUGAAGCGAUUUUCACGUUAUGCGUUGGGUCUACAUUAACUGGUUUACUA